AUGAGUCCAAAUAAUUUGGAUGAGUUUUUCUCACAGAUUGACGUCACUUCCGCGCCGCCAUCAUCGACCUCCAUGGUUCGCGCAGAGGAAAUAAACAUGGAAAACCAAGAGGAUGUACUGGACGCCCUGUGUUGCUACGAGAAAAAACCAACUCCCGACAUACCACCGGUUCUGGAUCAGUAUCUGAGACGAGUGGCGAAAACUGGAGAAACGCUCUUCCCAUGGCAACAGCUUAAAAUCCUCUUCAUCCACAAGUUGGAUUCUGUGAUCACCCAGUUUAACCAGGACUUUCCAGCUGACCACUUACAAAACUGUCCAAAUGUUGAAAAUGUCAAGUUUGAAGAAAUGAAGAAAAGAGUAGUCUGCUCCUUAGAGGAGUUUCAAGGGGCACCAUUCACCAUUCAGCGCCUCUGUGAACUAGUCACAGAACCAAAGAAGCAUUACAAGAGAACAGACAAGUUUCUGCGUGGAAUAGAAAAGAAUGUACUGGUUGUGAGUACAGUGGAUCCAUUUGGAAGGAAGAUUGUGUCCGAUUCCAGACCAAUGAUGAAUGGACUUGACAUGAAUGGUUACAAUGGAAACCGCCCAGAAAACAAACCUCACUUUUCCUCGUUCCCUUCUCCAUCAUCUCAACAAACAACAUGGCCAUCUGAUCGAGUGUUUAGUCCAGAACUCAGUAAGGAGCUUUCUAAUCCUCUCUAUGAAACGGAUGUGUCCCCUUCUCCAAACUUCCCUCCAAGUGAAGGAGAAAGAGUUCAACCUACCUUGGAACGCGUUGAACAGCAAACUUCGCCCCAAAUCAAAAGUCAAGAAAAUGUGACUUUGCCUACAGAAAACAUGGUUAAAACAGACACAAGCAGUGAAUCCCUGCCUCCUGAUGCGACCCCCUCAACAACAGGCACCUCCGAUGUGAACACUAGCUUGCGAGGCAGUGACCUAUCUGAGAAGAUGAUGACAUCUGAACAGUCCAAUGUUGAACCUGAAGUCAAAGAUGUACAACAGAGCUCUGAUGCUGUGCACAGCACUAAUACUACACCAUUAGACACAACUUGUGUUGAUAACAACAGCAAACCAAGCAACCCACAAAGCCAGGAAAGGGAAGAGGAGGACUUAUCUGUUAGUGGAGACGCACAGGACAGUGACCAAAUUUCGUCGUCGUCAUCACUGCCCUUAUCUUCAUCACCAGAGCCUAUCAAGGAACCAGAGGAAAGUGCUUCAAAAGAGUCUGAAUUAACUAAUGUUACAACAAGUGAUGACACUAGCCUAGAGGGCUCAGCAAACGAGCCAGCAUCACUAUCGGUAUCACAGGACACAACCAGCAAUGAUUCAGCAGAUUGUGCAGUAUGUGUGGAAUCCUCCACAGACUCUGUAAAUGAUACACCAUCUGUUGAGCUCCCUCUCGCCCAAUCAUCCACGGUACAAUUAGACUCCACAACUGGGGAAGAUGAUAUGGAAACGGAUUCCACAAUUCCCAGUAGUGAUAGUGUGGUAGACUCCGACCAGUCUGAGAAAGACGAGAGUCAAACAAACAAUGAAAAGGAAUCCAAUUGUGAGGAAGAAGUGAAAGUAGAAAGUGAAAGUAGUUCUGGUGCAAGUGAACCUGUGGCCACUCCCAUGGAGCAGGAUUAGCUGUGUUGUAUGAAUGUUCUGUAUUGUUAUCAUUAUGGCAUCUAAAUUCUUCGCUCAGGACUCCUGUGAAAAAGUUAUCAUCAGAGUAAUCCAUUAGAAGUCCAUUGAGGAAAACUUUGUGAAUCAUUUAUUUUACAAAAAUAGACGAUUACUUUCCAUUUAAGUGAGUUGAUCUAGAACCACCAGUGUUAUUCAUAUUUAUGGGUUUGCAAGUCUGUGUAUGUACCUUUAAUUUAUUUAUUGUGACACAACACACUUUUUCAGAGGUGAUUUUAGCAUUUAAAGUACUAGUACAACCAUUUUUCCUUGGCUUCUCUCAGAUAAUCCUUGCCAUUAAGUACAGGUUUCUGUAUAGUAGUAUGUAUCACCAAGGUGACCUUCUUCAGAAGAAAGAAAUUCCGAAUGUUAUAUGGUAAUAGUAUGAAAAUAAUAUUCAGGAACAGGAUCUGCUUCCUUUGAUUGAUUAAGGUGUCCUUCACAAACAUGUGCUGUAUGGCAAUAUUGUGGACUUUCACAUUAUGUUCUAAUGGAAGCAAGGUGGUUUUGUCGGUGGCCUUCACAGAUUUCGGUUGUAGUAUGGCGACUUUGUCAAGGUGACCUUCACAGAUUUUGGUUGUUGUAAUAUGGUGACUUUGUCAAGGUGACCUUCAUAGAUUUUGGUUGUUGUAGUAUGGUGACUUUGUCAAGGUGACCUUCACAAACAUAUUUUGAUUGCUGUAUAGUGAUAUUGUCAAGGUAACUUUUUAUAAGAAACCAACAUGAUACAGAGUUCAUUGCCAUCCAUCUGAAUAUUUCAUGAUAAUACAUUCACAGUUAUAGCAAUGUUCUCUGGUCAUUAGCAGUGUUCUGGUUUAAUUAAGCCAUAAAAACAUCCUAUUCAGCAACCUUCAUACUUUAAACUAUCCGCUCUGUUAUCAGUUCAUCAAAUUUUUAUUAACAUCGAGGAAUAAAUUUUACCAGAUUUGUUCUAGUACGGCAGCUAAGUGUAAUGACAUAUCGAUACACCCACAUCUCAUUUUUGUAUGAAUCAUUGUAUUAUCAACUUUUAAAACUGCAAUCAGAAUUUAAGUCAAUACUUCUGCCUGUGAUUCUUGAUCUUUAGAUUCAACAAUCUGUAGUUCCAAAAUAGAUUCUGUAUUAUUAAAAGAUGGUGACCAGCUUUUUUUAUUCUUUAGUUGUACCUAAGUUAUAUCUUAAUUUGUAAAUGAAAUAAUUGUAAAAAGAAAAUACUUGUCUUGAUUGAAAUGUGAUGAUCAUUAAUGUUUUAACACUGGUGGUUUGUGUAUGACCUGCUGGCUUGGAGCUGUUCAGUGUAAAAGAUCCGUGGUGAAGCAAGGUGAAUGAGAGAAUGUGUGGUGGUGACUGUGAUGGUGUAUGGCACCCUUCCUGUAAUGCAGGCUGAUAGUGGUGAUUAUUAGGACCAGUGUUUUGUGUUUUGACGUAUGGUCAUUGAUUCUGGAAAUUAGGAUCAUACAACUGUAUAGUAAGACUUGUUUUUAAAUCUACAGUAGAUUUUUUUUUUGAAUUUAGUUCAAAUUGCAGUGGUCAAAAUUUCAUGCAAAAGAAUUUUUAACAAUUUUCGUAUUAUUUACACAUUAAAUUUUAUAUAUUUAUCGAACAAAUCAAGUUUGGUUGUGAUAUGGCACUAUAUGAAACUACUGUUUAUCACAAAUUAUGACAAAUCAUUGUCAUUUUAAAACUGCUUUAGUUUUUGAGUGACUGCGAGACUGGAGAUAUCUGGUAUAUAAGUAUGUGUGGUAACAUCGGCAUUGGAACUGCAUUAUCAUAAGGGAGAGUUUGAUUAAGAUAUGAAUGUGUGAGAUACAGCCUGAUACAAAUUCUCUGGAGAGGAAAAAUAAA